AUGGAUGAAUCGGAUAAGCGGAAGGGGUUAUUCCAUCCUUCUAAUGUGAUGCAGCUGGUAUCGUCCAACCCAGAUGUAUCUGAUUUCGAAAUUCCAUCUGAAUCACUCAGUUUCGACAGUUCAGGAAGCUUUAUUGGGAGAGGCGGCUUCGGACAAGUCUACGCGGGCUACCUAGGCAAUGAAAAAGUUGCAGUAAAAAUACCGAGUCCCAAUUUGACACAGAGCUACAACGAGAAAAGCUUAGAAAAGAAGCUGAAAAAAGAGGCAUACAUUCAACAUCAUCUCAGUCAUGAGAACAUAGUAAAGUUGUUGAAGAUCUCGCUAGACAAUCCCGAGAAAAGGUGCCUGGUUUUGGAGUUCUGUGCUGGGGGACCUCUAACUCCAGUUAUUUACCAUAAAGCUAUACCUCCUAAUGUUUUGAUUGAGUGGGCUUUGCAAAUAGCCAGAGGCAUGCAGUAUCUGCACCACAAAGCACCGAUUCCCAUUUUGCACAAGGACUUGAAAAGUGGAAAUAUUCUGUUCUCUCAGCCAGUAGAUGUGGACGGAGUGUUUGAUUAUGAGAAUAAGACCCUGAAGAUCACUGAUUUUGGUCUGGCCAAGCCGAUUGAAUUCCAGGGACAGAGUCAGAAUAACUGCCAAGGUGGAGGCACUGUCGAGUGGAUGUCUCCGGAGGUCAUCAAGAGGUCGCUCUACUCGCACGCAAGUGACAGCUGGAGCUUCGGGGUGGUGUUUUGGGAGAUGAUGAUUGGUCAGGCGCCCUACAGGAACCUGCCCUACCACACUGUACUGUACAAGAUAGGGGAGCAUAACCUCACACUGCCUAUUCCCACCCACAUGGAGGGGGGGUUCGUCGCCAACAUCAUGAGGGGCUGCUGGGACGUAUCGGUCAGCUCCAGGUUGUCGUUUAACCAGAUCGUAGAAGAGCUGCUGUCUGUUCUGGAUCAGUAUAGCCAGGUCGAGUUCAUGUCUGGCGAUCAAUUCGUGCAAUUCAGAGAGGAGAACUGGUACUCUGAGAUCAACUACGACUACAUUACGACAACUGAUUACGGCGGAGGCAACUCGAUAUCGCAACACUUGGUCGAACAGCUAAUACAGGCGCACAAAGACAAACGAGAGAUUCAGUUGCGAUUAGCAGAGAAAGAACUGAAGGAAGCUUUGAAUCUGCAGGGAUCUAAGCCAGAAAGUAAGAAGGCACCCAAAAACAGGUUGAAGUCAGGGAAGCCAGGGAAGCCAGAACCAGAAAUAAGCUUCCCCCGAGGGCUUGUGCAUGAGGUCAGUGUAAUAGACGAGUCAUUGCAGUUUCCCAAAUUCACGCACAACAGCUCAGAAAUCUUGAGUCAAGAUUCUUUCAGCUCCUCCAUUUUCCAUAGCAGUAAAGCUGGUGUGCUCAGUUCUCCGAGGCUAGAUUUUGCGCAAGGGUACGGGACGUGGAAUGGACGAUCUAGCAGGUCAAGACCACGAAUACCUUAUUUAAAUGCCAGACCAUUUCACGACUCAUGUGAUCAAAUGAGCGCGAACGAUGCCAACGAUAUUUCGAGCAAAAGCUAUGACUUC